AUGGAGGACAGAACUACUGACAGGACACAGCGAUGGAGGACAGAACUACUGACAGGAUACAGCGAUGGAGGACAGAACUACCGACAGGAUACAGUGAUGGAGGACAGAACUACCGACAGGAUACAGCGAUGGACAGAACUACCGACAGGAUACAGCGAUGGAGGACAGAACUACCGACAGGAUACAGUGAUGGAGGACAGAACUACUGACAGGAUACAGUGA